AUGUUUUCCCACAACGCCACCAACGCCUAUGGCAGCACGCAAAACUGCCGCGUAAGACACAGCCCCAAGAGAGACAGGGAUGACGACGAAGAGUCGGCCCUGGACGAAUACGGCCACCCGUCCAAGAGAAGAGCCUCCACAAAUCCGUGCACGCCCGAGCCAUCCACAGAUAUGGAGAUCGACACCGAGCCUGUGCGCGACAGCGAGACCACGAACACCGCCACGAGCUAUUGGCUGUCUUUGUCUGCGCCACCAUCCCCACCACAACAAUCCUCCCCAUCCCACAGCUACGCCGCGGUCCCCGCCCUUGUCACUUCACUAUCCACGUCCAGCACGGCCAGUCAGGCUAGCGAUCUGCAGACUGUCCAUGCCUAUAGUAACGAUCCUUCGGGCGACGAUGUCACAGCUCUCCUGUCCAUGACGCCGACAUCACAGCUGAGCGUCGAUGCACCCUGCUCCUCCCGCUUUCUAUCACAACAGCAGCUAUCGCUGGUCGACGACCAUCCAUCCGAGCAGGUCCUGCCAACUCCUCACCCAUCCCAAGACAGCCCUAUCCGUGCACUCGAGAGCACUCCGUCCGCAGUCCUAUGCAAUACCGAGUCGGCCUCAUCUGGACCUCUCAUCACAAAAGCCCAGUAUCCGCACCGGUUCCCUGUCGAGAUAUGGGAAUUGAUCGCAUCCCAUCUCUACCCGUCCCAGUUAGCGAGGCUAUCGCAAACAUGUACGGCUCUAUACGACAUGGUGGCGCGUCUGCCGCUGUGGCGUCUUUGGUACGGGAACCUGCUCGAGACCGGUCGGUUCGACGGUCUCCUCCCGAACCCUUUUUACCCGCCGGAUUUGCAUCCAUCGGCCUAUAUGAUGUACAUCUACGCGAGGAGCCUCAGGAUUUGUGAGAGAUGUACGUACCUGUACAGGGGAAAGCAUUAUAACGGACCGUUGAUGCAGUUCCCCUUGCCUGUCAUCAUGCCGUCCUCGACCGAGUCAUCCUCAUCUUUCCCAUUGUCGUCGUCAUCGUCGUCAUCAUCAUCGUCAUCAUCCGAAGAGCCGGAUGAGGACCAAGUCCAGGCGGCAGAGGACCCGUGGACCGUCCGAAUGUGCCUCACUUGCCGAAAGGAACACUACACCAUCCACCCAGAGCCCCCAAUCGAAAAGCCCGAGAUGGAAGAAUACCUGAGCCUCUCACAGAUGGGGACGAAGUUUGGGCUCGGGAAAGGAACCGGCCAGAGAGUGUUGGGCCGAAGGAUCAGGAAGAAGGCAGGUCAGACGUGGGUCGAGUACCCUGUUAGCGUGGCCCGAAAGAUCGCCAGGGAAGAAUACGGUGGGGACGUGGGGAUCGCCGCGCUGGGCAAGGAUUUCAAAGCAUCUUUGGAGGGAGAAGCCACAAGGAUCGAGCAUUUAAACCGGAAGGCAGCCAACAUGGAGCUCGUGGACGACAAGGAACCUCCGUUGCAGAACCUUUUGUUGUCCGUUCCGACCGCGGCCCCGGAAAUCGUUCCACAAGACAAGCUCCAGCAACGAUUGAAGAUUUAUACUAAAGUACGCGAACGAUGGCACACUUGGAGGGCUCUCUCGAAGGAGCGACGGACGCUUGCCUGGAUGGGAAGGUGGAGGUUUCUGGCCGAGGAGCGGAAGGGCGAGCAAGACAGCUUGUUGGAAAAGGAUUAUCAGGAGAGGAAGAGCGAGCGAUGGGGUAGACAUGUCUUGAUAGAGCCACUGAGGGACGAGGAUGUGCAGAGGCAGCAGAGGUUGCUUGAGAAGGAGAAGAGGCGGGCGAGGAAGAGCAAGCAGGCGUCGGAUAAACAUGGGGGUCAUUAUUUGCAGCCUCAGGGCCUGAGCCCGUGGAUAUAUCAGUACAGCUGGGGCGAAGAGUAA